AUGACUCCUCCUGGCAGGCGAAGGGUGACGAAAUCCCGCCCGCCUUCGCAAGGGUCACGAGGUAAACUUCACCCAAAGGGCAAAGGGUGCCUGCGCGGGAUACAAAACUUCGCCUUUACGGUCUAUGGAACAGGUGCCGAGUGCCCCCACCCCGCAGUGCCAGUCAACACGAGGGUCGACGUGAGUGCCAGAGAGCCAGGCAGCCUCGCCACCUACUCUUGCGAUCCGGGAUACACUCUCUUCGGAAGCCCAUCGAUCACGUGCGGCGCCGACGGCAGAUGGGCGGGGUCGGUCCCAUAUUGCGCUACCAACGUCGCGUGGAAGAAGCCCGUGAACCAGUCCUCUACGGCAAGGGGCGGUAAGGGCGAGAAUGCCAACGACGGCCACACCACCACCGUCCACGAGGGGAGGCACUGCACUGAGACCCUGGCGGAGGCGUCGCCGUGGUGGUCCGUCGACCUCCUUCAGGAAUACGAGAUCACGCUUGUCAAGAUCACCACCAGAGGGUGUUGCGGACACCAGCCCGUGCAGGACAUCGAGAUCCGUGUGGGAGACUCCGCCAACAUCCAGACCAAUCGCAUGUGUGCUUGGUAUCCCGGCGCCAUCGAAGAAGGAAGCACGAAGGAAUUCAGCUGCGCGCGCCCUAUGCUCGGGAGAUACGUCUCUGUGCAGAUGGUGGGCGAGAAAGGAUCCAUGUCCCUGUGUGAGGUGGAGGUGUUCUCGAAGCAAGAAUGCACAGACAAGGCAGACCUCUCCACUCUCGGCAUCUUUAAUCAGACAUGCUACGAGUUUCAGAUCACAGAGGGCGGCACGUUCGCACGAGGCCGCGAGUACUGCCAAGCGAGGGGCGGCGACCUCGUCCACGGCAUAGGCUCGGUCACGCACUCCUUCCUGGUGUCGGAAAUGGAGAGGGUCAAAGACAAGACCAAGACGCAGAUGAUCUGGAUCGGGGCGCAGAAGGAACCGACGUUUAUCUCACGCACUUGGAGGUGGAUUGAUGACGAGAUCGUGGAGAAGCCCCGGUGGGGGCGCGACCAGCCCAACAACUACAACGGCCAGCAGAACUGCGCGGUGCUGGACGGCGCCCGAGAGUGGCUGUGGAACGACGUCGGCUGCGAACUCAAUUAUCUGCAUUGGAUCUGCCAGUACCAACCGACGUCUUGUGGCUCGCCGGAUCGGAACGAGAACACGACCAUCACGACCACCGAGACGACUACAGAUACCACCAUUACCUACGUGUGCCCGGUCGGUAACAUGGUGGUGGGCAACAUGAAUAGGACGUGUCUCAAGUCGGGCUUCUGGAGUGGCUCCGCCCCGACGUGCAAGUACGUCGACUGCGGGAGCCCCAAGGAUAUCGAGGACGGAACAGCGGUCCUGGUAGACAGCCGCACCACACACGGCGCUAAAGUGCUUUAUGAGUGUACCACAAACUACACUAUUGUAGGGGAAGAUACGGCUGUUUGCUCCGAUGAUGGCACUUGGUCCCCCGAAGCUCCAAAGUGCCUCUACUCGUGGUGCCCGGAGAUAACAGCGCCUGCGCACGGCCAGCUGGUCCUGAGCGGCCGCCGAUCAGGGGAUACGGCCACCUUCACCUGCGACCCAGGCUACAACCUUCAGGGAGUCAAGACGAUCUCCUGCGAGCUGGGAGGAACCUGGUCGGGAGAAGCGCCCUCCUGCAGGUUCAUCGACUGUGGUGUUCCUGAAGACCUUAGGGAUGGCGAGAUGACCUUAGUCAACGGCACGACCUUCCUGAACUCGGCGGUGACGUACGAAUGCGAGAACGACUUCUGGCUCGACGGAGAGACCGAGCGAGUCUGCCUUGAGGACGGCCAUUGGAGUGGCGUCGCUCCCAUGUGCUUGCUCAUCGGCUGCAACGAACCGGAAGUGCCCCACGGAGGUUACGUCACCGGCUACAGCUUCGACGUGCACUCGGAGGUCGAGUACCACUGCGAGACGGGGCACUUCCUCACGGGCGACGCCAUCCGGGUCUGUCUGCGGAGUGGCGAGUGGAGCGGCGCGGCCCCGACCUGCACGUACGUCGAUUGCGGUCGAGUACCUCCCAUGACUCGUGGGGAAGUGUUUUACCUGAACGAGUCGACCUACCUGGGCAGUCAGCUGACCUACACCUGCAACCAGAACUACAAGCUGAUUGGGGACGGACAUAGAGUGUGCGAGAGGGACUUUCGGUGGAGCGGAGAGGCGCCUAAGUGUGAGGAGAUCCGGUGCAGCGAGCCCGAGCAUCCGGCCCAGACUCGCCACACCAUCACAGGGAACGACCGCCGGAUGUCGUCGACGGUGGCGCGCCGGAGGGACCCUCAGCCAGCGGCCCCGUAUACGUACAGAGUCGGCAGCGUGGUGACAUACCGGUGCGAGCGAGGGUAUGUGGUCGAGGGCGGGAGUAUGAGGACCUGCUCCCUCAGUGGGAAUUGGACCAACGAACCGCCGACUUGUAAAUUCGUGGAUUGCGGACAGCCCGAGAACAUAGAACACGGUACUUGGCGCCUCCUGAGCAAUGAGACUUUCUACACAGCCCAGGUAGCCUACGAGUGUCCCGAGAACUGGAAGCUGGAUGGUCGCCUUCGUCGCUUCUGCCAGGAGAAUGGGACGUGGGCGGGAGAGACGCCUAAGUGCAUCGAGGUGAUGUGCUCACCCUUGGCCAAGGACCUGACGGAGUCCCUGAGCGUGGAGGAGGGCGACCGCAAGGUUGGCUCGACCGCCACCUACUCGUGCGAGGUGGGCCGAACGCUGGUGGGCGAGGCGACGAGGGAGUGCAGCCAGCAUGGAAUCUGGUCUGGCACUCAGCCGCGGUGCGAAUGGGUGUCCUGUACGAUGCCAGAAGACAUAGAAAACGGGCGUAUUGUGCGUCUGAAUGAAACGCUAUUGUAUGGUUCUGUUGUGGAGUACCAUUGCCUACCCAAGUACCGUCUCGAUGGUCCUUUCAUGCGGACCUGUACCACGAAGGGUUCAUGGUCCGGAGAUGUACCUAGAUGUCUCUUGGACACCGAAGACUACGGCGUCCUGGGAGACAACACAGUGGACGGGACGACGAACUCCGCAAGAGGGACAUCUCCAGGAAGUCUCGAGGAAGCUUCGAACACCGGUCUGUACGUCGGUCUCGCCUUCGGUCUCAUCGGCGUGGUCAUCGUGGCUGUUCUCUUCAUCUUUUUGAGAACGCGCCAGCAGAAGGCGGCGAAGCAGGACCCUCCCGCGCACAUGAAGCCGAAGGAUGACCCUAACGCCGAAGCGAUGCGUUACGCCAACCUCAGCGAUCCUACGACAGGCAACAACAUCUACGAAAACAUCCCCGACGACAUCGACGAAUACACCGACAUGUCCGGCCCCUACACAGCCCCCACGGGAGUCACCAACCACACUUACGCGAACGGCCACCAACCUACUUACACGAACGGCAUGAUGGCUUCCACGGCUCGCCCGCCCGCCCACAUCCUGUCCCGCCCUCGCAUGCCUCCCCCACAGCCGCCCACGGUCCCGCCCACAGCUAGACCGGGUGCAGCUCGCCAGCCAUCCGUCGUCACGAUUAACGGCGUGACGGUAGCUAGUAACGGGACAUAAGCGCGCGACCCUCCCUUGUUUCGGAUGCUGUUUUAUAGGGUUGGAUUCAAUGUGUAGAAUGUCCCAAUUGGAUUCAGUACUUAUUCGGUUUAUAUGAAUAUCUUUUUCAUUUAUUUUUUUAUGUAACCUCAUUUUUUAUACUUGAGCUUGACUUUAAUAGGAAAAAAUAUUAAACAAUGUUUCACAUGUAUUCAUAAAGGAUAUUUUAUAUGGGGAGUGGAAGUAAGUUUAAUUUUUUUUAUUAUCUUCUAAGAGGUAGAUGUUCCUUAUUAGGUAUUACUUUAUUAAAAUCUAAUAUUACAAUACAAGACUAGAAUUUUAUCAGAAGGGAACAUAGAACCAUAGUACUUAUGAAUUUAAUCCAAUGCCCUAGUUUUAUAACCCUUUUUAACAUGACUUACAAACCUAGAGAAAUUCAGCCAUCUUCUUUUACAACUCUUAUACAGUCUUGAAUGAAUGUAUAUAAAGUAUUUUUUUAUAUAAAUACACUACUUUGUAUAAGAGGGAUUGGUACAUAUAAAUUUACGAUCAUAAAGUUGUCAGGAAUGGUGUAUCAGCAUACACAAAUUUCGAUGUAUAGGAUCUAGGAACGCGUUUGUAUGUAUAUAUAUGUAUAAAUAGUUAAGAGUUAAUGUAUCGGUUGGUUGCAUAAACAAGAAGAUGAAAUAAUAACUAUACUAGUUCUAGAAGCAUCCAAGAUGAAUUUAACUUCAUAUCUCCGGUGAUAGUGUAAUAUUUGGAGAUGAGAUCCACUUGAAAUAAUAAUUUUAAAAAAAUAUUGUAUCAGAUAACACAGCAUACACAAUCACUAUCUAAAAUGGAUUCACAUUUUUUUUUAUUGUGUUGGACAGAUAUGCUUUUCAUUUUUUUUUAUAUGCUGUAUCCUUCACAGUUGAUUACAUAUAUUUUUUAUUUUAUUUUUGAGCUUUGUAUCGUUAUGAAUGGUACAUAUAUUUUUAAUGUGAAAACCCAAAACAUAUAAUAAAAACAUUGCACAUGUUUGUUAUAAAACAUGUGAUUGAUAUAUCCGUGUAUAUACUUAAUAUAUACACAUAUAGGUAUUAAGAAGGCGGUAUUCUAAUUCUCUUUUCCCUGUUUCUUUUUACUUCAAGGCAUAUUAUGGAGGGCGAAAAUACAAGCAUUCCUUGAAUAGAGAGGGAUGCUGUAUGAAAUUGUUACUUGUAGAAAUUGAUGUAUGAUUUUGGAGUAAUAGGCCUAAUAGAUAUUGAAAAGAAUAUCGUGUGAAUUUUGUUUACAUCGAGGCAAAAAAAAAGAUCACGGCAUGGUGUUUUUCGUUAAUUGACAUAACGUAAUAGUUCAGAAUAUUGGAGUUCAAUCAUACAGAAAAAAAAGGAAAUUUAUAAAUAAAAAAAUAUUAAAUUUAUAUCAGUUUUCCCUUUUCUUCGUUUUCUGUGAGGAGUGCUUGAAUUUUCACCCAUAGUUAAUUAAAUGCUAUAUUUUUACACAAAUCUGACAUGCAACAUUGAACUUUAUCAGCCUAGAACAACCCCACCCUACGUGUCUUUGUUUACUGAAUGAUAGACGAGACUUUCCUAUCCUUAAAUGCAUUAAUGGGUACAUUGUGUUUCAUCUUUAUUACUCUCGUUUGAAUUAUUAUAUUUAUCUUUGUAGUUAUAUAUGUUGUUUUUGUUUUUUUUUAUUUUUUUAAUCGAGUGGAUUGCUUAAUAUUAAUCAUGUGGAAGUGACAUUUAGGCUCACAGCAACACUUAUACAUAGCCUUAUUACCACAGGCUUAUGAACACUGUAAUGUUGCUUUACUAAUACUAUGUCAGUGAUUGUAAUAGACAUGGAUUAUAUGAUAUAUAUAUAGGUUUAUGUAGUCCCGUCCGAUAACCCACGCAGUCUAGUCUCGUAGACUUACAUAGUUAUUUAAGAGGUUUUUUAUGGGGUUCCGUUGGUCACUGAAAAUGUGGGCAUGUUUUUUGUGGUGUUGAAAAUCCCAUUUGAGUUUGGUCGUUUGAUUGUGUGAAUUGGGUUCAGUUUUUUUUUUUUUCCUUACGGCUACCUUAUUCUACUAGCAUUUUCCGGUACUGUUUUCUGUAUGUGUUAUUAACUUUUUAAAAAAUCUUUUUGCUUAUCUACUGUCGAUUAAUUUCAUGUAUUAUUGGUACUGUAAUGACCAUUUUAGUACAGUUACUAUCACUGUUUCUUGUACUAUUAUUACUCAGCUAAAACAACUACUUUUACGGUUAGUGUUUUAGUAUUGCUCAUUUUGCUAUUAUUAUCAUCCUCGCUAAUUCUUCUAAUUAUUUACCAGAUCAAUAUCGCUAUCUUUAUUUUAUUCUAUUGUCACCUACACUCCAUACUUUAUAAUAACCGUAAUAUUCUGACGAUCUUAUGGGUUUUAACCGACUGUUAUAUCCUUAAUAUAACCGAUCUAGCCACCUUUUUUUAUUCUUAAAAUCUACUAACAUCAAAUUUCAUUUUUUUUUUUUUUUUAAUCUCUGACAGAAUCCUUUCCACCCUUCCAUUCUUAUUAACAAAAGAAAUUGAUACAUUAAACCACUCUAGAACGGCAUUUUGACCUUUUGAUUUCUGUCUGUGUGUAUGUGGCGGGAUGCUCCUAUUGGUCCGCUGAGGUCACGUGAUUAGGAUAGGUUUGAACGAGGGAACCGCCGUACUGUGUCGUGAUUGGUCUAUUUUACCCGCGUUGAUUGUUGUAAUAUUUGUAAAUACGAAUUGCUAUAUUGUACAAUAAAUUAUCCAUCUGAAUAUGA